AUGACUGACACUUCAAGAUUGCCAUUUGCUAGACCGAUCUCAUUCGGCCCUCACAUAGUGAUCCAGCCUCCGCUUACACACCUCGGCAGUGGACCAGGGCUACUUAUCCUCCGGCCGUUAUGCUUUGCCGACUGUCAAAACAAGAAUGAAGCACUAGACCCAGAACCCCUCCAGAAAUGGGCGGAAGAAGGCUUUGCAGUUGCUCAAAUAACUCUUGAUGCAAACAGUAGCUCUGAGACAAUUCAUGAGCUGAGCUCUCAAGCUAGAAAACACCUAUCGGAUCUUCCGCAGUGCACUUCCAAUAAGUUUGGAUUGAUAGUAUAUGGAUCCCAGGCCGAUUAUGGCAAAUCGCCAGACAACGCCUUGCGUUUCGUCUGUGAUGAUGUAGAUGUCGUCGUCUGUUUUGAUUCUUGGGAUGAAACAGAUAAAAGAACCCUUCUACAUGUACACAACUCCCUGAAAGAGGAUAUUGCCAGCAAUGAUUAUCAGAAGGUAUACAUCUACCCAGACAUUGCCUCCGCAGGAUUCAUCGUCCCCGGCCACCCGGACUUCAAAAUUUCAACGGCGGGUGUGGCUCAUACCCGUACGCUAGGCUUCUUGAAAGAAAUCAUUGGCGGUCCUUAUUUUGAUCUUGAAAAGAUCUGGGAUGAGCACACUCACUACGAGUUUGGCGAUCGAUCAGUUGAAAAGACUAUGGCCACGAUGGUUCAAGAACCAUACGUAAACCAUGUUCCAACUAUGACAGGAGGCAUUGGUCGCGCUAAUUUAAGCCACUUCUAUCUUCAUCACUUCAUUUUCAACAAUCCAGAUGACACGGCACUGGAGCUAAUUAGCCGUACGGUCGGCACCGACCGAAUCGUUGAUGAAUUCAUUUUCUGUCUCACGCAUGUGAAGCAAGUGGAUUGGCUGGUCCCUGGUAUCCCUCCAACUGGAAAGUCUCUUCGUAUUCCUUUCACCUCGGUGGUGAAUAUCCGAGGAGACAGGUUAUAUCAUGAGCAUAUUGCGUGGGAUCAAGCAACUGUGCUUGUUCAAUUGGGCUUGCUUCCUGAGUAUCUUCCCUUUCCGUAUGCCUUACCGGAUGGCACAGUCCCAGCUCCGGGGAAACGAUUCGAGUACCGCGUUCCAGCUGCUGGGGUUGAGACUGCUAAUAAAUUGCAAAAUGAACAUGAGGUCGCCUCGAAUGCAAUGUUCGAGUUUAAGAUUCGUGAGGUGGAUGAUCGUUAA